AGAAGAGAAGGAGGAAGGAAGGCAGAAGGCAGAGAGGCCAAAACGAUUGAAAUUGGAAGAGUUGUGCUAAAACCUUGAAUUUCAUCUAAUUUGUCGGCUGUCUACCUGUGGACAUGUCCUCCCGCUCCGACAGCAGACCAGCCUCACAGUUUGUGAAUCUAACUACUAAGUUGAUGGGGAGACUCCAUACUCAGUGGAUAAAGCGGCCAGAGCACAUCAAACACAUUUCAUCUGAAAGUAUAAAACCGUCGGAAGAUGACUUACAUCAGAACCAGUCUGUUGGUAUGUUAGCAGGCCAACAGCAGGCUGUCAUCAGCUCUCUGCAGUAUUUCAAAGCUCUGGUGGACAAACUGGGUGUGGAAAAAUCUGGAGGGGACAAAAGGUGUCUGGACCAUUCGGUAGUGGGUGGCCUCCUGGGGGGGGCAUCUAGUCGAGUCCUGGAGGCAGUUCAAGUUCUGGCCCAGCUGGACCCACAUCUGCACGAUAAUAAGUCCAUCUCUGGCUGUCUCACUCGUCUCAAUCACUCUCUUGCUAAGCUGAUUCAAUGGGUGGAUCAGGUGAUGUUGCAGAGUUUCUCCUGCAACAACAAAGACUCCACAGAGAGUGUUACCACUGUGAUCAGGGCUGUGCUGGACAGUGUAAAGGAACUGGUCAAAUUGGCUACAGUAAGAUUAGAAGGUUCUGCCCCAAUCUCCCCAGUCCAAUCCGAAUCAAAAUGGCUGGAUGAUAAGGACAAAUCAGACCUCAAGUUGACCUGCAAGAAUCCUGCAGAGCAUGAUGGGAUAUCUAAAAUGAAAAUAAGAAAGGAGGAGGAGCAUCUUGCUUUAGCUCCUCCUAAACCACCCAUGCCUGUCCUCCAUGCAGUUACACCAGAACUACAGAGUCCACCAGCUCUCCCGCCUAAAAAGCGUCAAACACCGACAGUGCCUUGCCCAUCUCCAUGCAGGGUAGCUGUAGUGGCACCAAUGAGACGAGAGACUGAUGCAGCAUUGGAGCAGGAUGACAGCUGCCUGAAACGCCUCUCUUCCUCUGCAAACUCUGAUGACGACCCUGAUUACGAGUUUCUCCACACGGACCUGUCCCUCUCUGAGCAACUUCCCAAUCUUCCUCUGGCUACUUUGUGUCCCGCCCUUCCAGAAAAGAGGCAUCAGAGCAGCACAGGUCCUGAGGAGCUUGAGUCUUCACCUCUGUCCUCCACCAAGACACCUCCGCCCCUUCCUGAAAAGAAACAUCAUAUCCAUCAGUACCUGCAGCUCUGUCUACCGUACAACGAUGACUCUGCGGCCAUGUUCUAUCAGAGACACAACAGCAGGCAGCCAGACAUGGACACUACCCAACAGCUGUGCAAUGACUUUACACCCCAAGUCCAACCCCUCCCUGCUCCUGCACUACCACCAAAGAAGAAGCAGCAGGGGGAUUCUUCUGAUACAGAGAGUGACGACAAUAGGAGCAGACACAUUAAAGAAAGUGUAAUGCAGGAGAUUGAGCUCCGCCCCCAGAGCAGUGAGGGAGAACAGGUGGAGGAGAUGCUCCUGACCAACCAGGAAAAGAUCUACUGUAGGAUCACAAUGAAAACUGAGGAUGAAGAUGGACCAGAGGUGAAGGCUGCCUCUCCUGAAAUAUUGUUGGUCUAUGCCUCAGAGCUCAGCAGCAGCGAGGACGAGCUGUUUUGCGAGGCCUUCCUCUGCACAUACCGAAGCUUCAUCAGUCCUGACAAAGUCAUCCGCAAACUGCAGCACAGAUACAAUCACCUUUGUCAGGAAGAGGAGCCUGGAAACGGGGAGGCGGCUAAAAACACUUUCCAUCUCCUGGUCAGAGUGGUAGAUGAACUCAGUCCUGUAGAGCUCGAGCCUGAUUUGCUGCUUCUCUUGGUGGACCUGGUGUUCAGUCUUCUGACGGAUGGAAAGCUGGACUUGGCUCACCUCCUGCACUCCAAAUUCCUGUCCAUAAUAGACAAGCGUUGGAAGCUAACCGGUUCUCCUCGUUCCUUCUGCCCCCUCGCUUCCAAAGGUGUUGCUGCCAGACCAGGAACGCUGUUGGAUUACAGGAGUCAGGAUUUAGCCGAGCAGCUGACUCUGCUGGACUCUCAGCUCUUCUUCAGGAUCGAGCUUCCAGAGGUAUUGUUGUGGUCCAAAGAGCAGAAUGAGGAGAAGAGUCCCAACUUGACGAAGUUUACUCAACACUUCAACAAUGUCUCCUUCUGGGUUCGUUCAGUCAUCAUCCUUCAAGAAAAACCUCAGGACAGAGAGAAGCUGCUGCUAAAGUUCCUGAAGAUCAUGAAGCACUUGAGGAAACUGAAUAAUUUCAACUCAUACCUGGCCAUCUUAUCCGCGCUGGACUCUGCUCCCCUGAGACGUCUUGACUGGCAGAAAAAUACCACAGAGAGCCUGGAGGAGUUGAGCUCCUUGAUUGACAGCUCGUCUUCUUUUAGGGUCUACCGAGCAGCUCUAGCUGAGGUGGAACCUCCCUGCAUACCAUACCUAGGGCUGAUUCUUCAGGACUUGACCUUCGUUCACCUGGGGAACCCUGAUAAUGUGAUGACAUCUCAAGGUUCAAAAGUGAACUUUUGUAAACGCUGGCAGCAGUUUAACAUCCUCGACACUCUCAGAAGCUACCAGCAAGUGGCCUACUCUCUGCAGCCUGACAAUGACAUCAUUUCAUUUUUCAAUGACUUUAAUGACCACCUGGCAGAGGAGGCUCUGUGGGAGCUGUCCCUCAGGAUCCGCCCCAGAAAUGCUCCUCGGACCAACCAGAGAUGAGUGGUCGUGAUGUGGAACGCUGAUGUUCUGCUAUCGGCCAAUCCAAGGGGAAGCGGGAAUUGACCACACUGUCAAACUGGUUUACACGGACAGUCAUCAUAGAAAACAACAGCUUGUAAAAAAAAAAGUUAGAAUUCUGCCUCGUGCCACCCUGAACUCUACUUGCUCCUGACUAAAGCCUUAGUCACAAGUGCCCCCAGGGGUGGAAAAUGGCUUUCUGCGGGUGAAAAAAUGAGCAAAUCUGUACAAGUCACACAGGUGGCCUGCACAAAACAUCAAGGUUGUAGACUGCUCAGUGAGCAAAAUCGGCAUCCACAUUUUUUUCCACGAGCAUGCUGCGGGUAUCAAGUAGAAGCAAACAUUUAAACACCAAGCAAGUGUAAGGUAAAGCUACCUUCACACGGUCCUCGGCAACGCACGUAUGUGCACGUUUCAGGCUUCCGCACUCAGAACUCUCAUUUUCCCUUGUAGCUAUGCAAGUUUUUACAAUCGCUUUCAGGUUCUACAUGCAAAAUGUGCGACCAUUGAAUACAUGUUGAAAGUUAAACCAGGCUGAACUUUGACCAGUCAGGGACUCGGGCUUGGUAGGGAUGUAUGGAUGAUGUCCUAUUCAAGUCACGGAAGUGCCAACUGUUUGAAAAUUGAUCAUGGAGGAGAAAUUAAUUAUGUGUUUUGAAGCCGGCUGGAAUUUUACGACACCAAGUCUUUUAUAUAUCAUAGUAGAGCUGUGAAGGAAAAAGCCUGCGGGCAUGAUUCAUCAGAUUUGCACUGUUUUGACAUUUUGCACCAAGCCUUUUCCAGCUGUGAGUUUGUGCACUAUGGGGUAGCAACAGUCAAGUGUGAACACCGAAUGCUUAAAUAACCCGUGUUCAGUGCAUUUUUGAAGGCGCAUUACAUGCCCGCUGUGUUUAGCAUAUAUGAAGUAGAGAUGACGCAGGCACGCCAUACGAAUUUAUCAUUUUUUCAAAUCUUGCGGACUGCACAAGGAGCCCGUUAGUGCUGUUCAUCUCAUAAGUGCAGCCUGACUGUUAGAGAUGAGGAAAUUAGACAAUAUGUGGUACUAUGGGUGCUCAUCUGGCAGUCAUGGACCCAGACAACCCAAAAACCUGCACUAGCCGUACAGGUUAGGUGUGGGUGCAUGUGACUAAGGCUCAAACUGGUCAAAAUCUGACACAAAGAAAAUGAGAGCAAAAAAUAUUGUGACUUCUGAUGUGUGUAUUUUUUAAUGGUGCAAUAUCAUGAUUAUUAUUUGUAUUUAAUAGAAAUCACAGGUUAGCUUAAAGCUAGCCAGAAAUAUCGAGGAGCCAGGUGGUGUUCGACAGGUUUUUGCAUAAUGUGCCUUUAUUAUGAAAAGUGUGCAAAACAAGACGUAAAAUAAAUAGAAACAGUCAUCUGUCUUUGUAAAGCAA